ACGGAUAUUUAUAAACUAACACCCGUGUGUCAGACUGUGCUGGCAAUAUUUUACAGGAAUGAUGGCAUAAAUUUCUCUUGAAAGAAAUAUCUUCAGAUUAUUUCAGAGGAAGAUGAAAACUUUCCCAAGGUCUUUGGUGUGUUCUUGACUGAUGGCGAGAUGAGAUUGCCAACCUGCUGCUAUUUGUCAGAGAUGCAAAAGUCAUGGCUGUAAAAUGUGAUCAUAAAAGUUUUCCGAGACACGGGAAAGAACGACGCUGUGGCUAAAAAGCGCUUUUCCAUGGAGAUGGAGACAGAACUGAGGCUGGAGUCGAGUUUGUGGGUCGGGAAUAAAAGAUACCGGGCGGUCCUAUCGGGCUGGCAUUUCAACUGGACAGAGGUAGAUAAGAAGAAUCGCGACAAGAAAACAAUUUCAGUACCUGUGGCAGAGGUGGUUGGAGUGGAGGAGGGCCGGGUGGAGAUCCUGCCCCGGAAGUCAGUCGAGGACACAGACAAAGACUUCACAGUUUUCUACGUGAAGCGCAGCAGCAGUGGGAGUUCUUAUGGCUUACUAUGGAGACUUGGCCGGAUCCAGUUCAGUUGCCCCAGUCGGGUGCUCAGAGACCAGUGGACGAAACACCUUAGAACUGCUCUCAAAACUCACAGUCCGCUGCGUCCCAACAGGCUUUUGGUGUUUAUCAACCCAUUUGGAGGGAAGAAGAAAGGAAGAAAGAUCUAUCAUUCUCUGGUUGCCCCUUUGUUUGAGCUGGCUGGUAUCAGCUCUCAUGUAAUAGUGACUGAGCGGGCAAACCAGGCCAGAGACCACCUCCUGAAAAAAGACCUGAAAGGCUUUGAUGGUGUGGUGUGUGUGGGUGGGGAUGGCAUGUUCAGCGAAAUACUUCAUGGUUUGAUUGGGCGGACACAACAAGAGGCAGGCCUUUCUGAGAAUGAUCCCACUGUCGCUUUACAGCCUUGUCCGCUUCAUAUUGGCAUCAUUCCUGCAGGUUCCACAGACUGUGUGUGUUAUGCCACAGUGGGAGUGAUCGACCCUGUUACUUCAGCUUUGCACAUCAUCAUUGGAGACUCUCAGCCAUUAGAUGUAUGUUCAGUCCAUCAGGCUUCUGCUCUGAUGCGCUACUCAGUGUCUCUGUUGGGCUAUGGCUUCUACGGUGAUGUACUGGCUGAGAGUGAGAAACAUCGGUGGAUGGGACCUCUCCGAUACGACUAUUCAGGCACCAUGGUGUACCUGAGCAACAGAAGCUAUGCAGGCAUAGUUCAGUAUCUACCAGCAGACCCGCUGCUCUCCAGCCCGAGAGACAGAACACGCUGCCUCUCAGGGUGCAGUGUGUGCUCCAGAACCACAGAAAGACUUUUCCCCCACUCUUCAGUGUACAGCUCCCACUUCAACCAGUUCAGUAGUGACUCAGAAGGCGAGUGGGUGAGUGUGGAGGGCAGGUUCAGAUGUGUGUCUCUCACUUGCAUGUCCAGCUCGUGUCCUAAGAGUCCUCUGGGCCUCUCUCCCUCUGCUCACCUGGCAGAUGGAACAGGGGACCUAAUCCUGGUAUGGGACACUCACCCGCUGGGAUUCCUCAAGUUCCUCUACAGGCACACAAGCACACAGGAUCAGUUUGACCUGCCAUUUGUGGAGGUCCAUCGUGUGAAGGCAGUCCGGUUCUCUCUCCCCUCCGGUAAAGAGGAGGAAGCAUAUAAAGAGACUGGAGGGUUGAGAGGAGGGAUAGAUGAAGAAGAGAGAGGCUACAUUGAGACUGUAAGCAGGAAUGGAUCUCAGCAGCACCUGGCAGAGAGAGACACAGGACAAGAAAUGACAAAUGAGCAGAAAAUGGCGACCCCAUUCCUGUGUGGUCUGUGCUGCAGUAAAGUUCCUGCUAAGUCAGUGUGGAACUGUGACGGAGAGAUUCUGUCUUCCACCGAGAUUCUCUGUAGGAUUCAUGGCCAGCUGGUGCGUCUGUAUGCAAGGGGCAUUGAGGAAGGAGCAGCCGUGCACAACUGCGGCAAAGAAAAUGACAAGUGUCAAAUGGGAUGCACCCUAAUCAAAUAGUCUCACCUACAUUUUGGAUGAUGAGGGAAAGGUGACAAUGGAAAUGUUGGCAAGGCGAGUUUGUGAAUUUACUGAGAUAGCCCUACAGUCUGUCAUGGCCAAAGAGUUCCUAUUAUUUCAGAUGCAUUACAUAUUUCCUCUUUGCAAUAAUGAAAAAAAACUAUAUAUUCCUAAAUGAGUGUGUUUGUUGAAUACUACUUAAAACACUUAAAACACGUAUAUUUCUCGGUAUACAGUGUUUGUCUGCAAUUUCUGGUCUGCAAAUUUGAUUUAUUUUCACUUUAGCUUCCAGAAAAUAAAAACAUGGGGAAUGUCAACAGAAGUUAAAAGACAGAAAACAUCUUAAGAUAAUAAAAAGAAUGACCUGACCUCCUUUUAUGCAUUAUUGUUGUCAUCAGCUCAGCAGUGCAGUGUACCUUUCGGGAACUAGAGAGCAGCAACAGCUUGUACAUAACCAAUCAUGCAGUAGGAACUAAUCCUCCUAGUGUAAUAUAAAAUAUUUUAUCUUCCACUAGUUUUAGUCUCAACCUAACUUCCUAUACUGAAGCACCAUGAUCGUAUUAUUGCAUACAGUAAUUGUACAGUAAAACCCCAAAUCCAAUAACACAUGAAAGAACAAAUAAAAUAGUCACAGAGAAGAAGUUGUUUAAACACAUGUCCAUAUUUGCUGCACUUCCCACGGCCCUCCAAGUACUGGCAGGAUCAUCAAACAGUCUGUUAUUGGUUACACAGAGUGUGUGUGCGCGUGUGUGUGUGUUUGUAGAUGAAAGCCCCCCCCCCCCGCUAAGGCAUGCACCUUGUAGAGACAGACAUAAGUGAA